AUGGUGCUGCGACUAUUUGUCCCGCCCGGGGAAGGCCAACACGGGCUUGUUCCAAAACGACCACAAGGCAUUGGCGCAAACGCAACGCCCCAGACUUGUCUUGUUUCUUCGACGCUGCUGGCCGCAGUGUAUACAUCGUUCGCCUCGACAUUCAACCAGCGAGUAGUCGGAGUAGCGCCUCAACAAGCAGCACACACAUCUAGGCCCGCCCUGUUUGUACGGUCGUCGGCCAGACUGGGCCUCUGCGUCGGACUAGCUGGAGCCGCGGUAAACUGGUACUACUACUCGGCUUUUGCAAAUGUGGUUGUUGCCGACAAGGUGCAAGAGGCUAGCAGGUGGAGACUGUAUCAGUGGACCAAGGGGUACACGGUCGACGAUGGUGCUUUGGCCGGUGCCGCUAUCGGGCUAUCGGCCUCGAUACCUAUGCUCCUGAUGCGCCGCCCUGCUAUACCGCGCUGGACGCGGUGCCUGGGCAUGGCGAAUAUCGGCGGCUGUACGGGUGUGGUGGCGUCUCAUGGGUACCUUCAGUAUACGGGAGAGCGGCAAAAGGCGUACAGACUUCUUGAAGCACGACGGAAGCGCAGGUCGCUCGAGUUUUGGGCCAUCUUCUGGGACAAGGAACUCAUGGCUAAACUGAGUCCGAUAAUGCAGCAGUACGUGCGGCACAAUGGCGUCUGGUAUACCCAGCUCUUGCCGGAUAAUGCCUUUGAACAAACAGAUGAUGUCGACAGUGUUGAUAGUACUGUCCAAACAACACAGCAAGUCGUAAACGUAGAACCACAACAACAACAACAACAACCUGUAGAGCAAACCCCAGACCCCCCUUUUUACCUCGAACCCGUCGAUUACACAGCCGACCUCGCCCAAAUCAACGUCGAAGCCACUCUCCUCCGAAUCCAAGAAAUGCAAGUAGAACGCCAGAUUCUCCUAGAAGAAGCUCACUACCUCCUCUCCCUCAACGCCCACCAACGCUACGAAUACUGUCACUUGCACACCACCCUAGAUGCAGACGACCGCUUACGACGCCUCCAGGAAAUUCAUCUCGUAGAUGUAGCUCACACGCGCCUGCGCAACGCGGCUGAUGCGCUGGAUAUGAAAAUCAUACACUGGCGCAUGUCGCUCCAGCACAAAGCCGCUUGGGAGAAAAAUACCUCUCCCUCCUCUUCAUCCCCAUCUUGGUCUUCUUCUUCUUCGUCUUCAUAUUCAUCCGAGGCUGAAGCAGAUGACUGGCUCCCCCCAAACUCCCACCUAAUCAACUACGCCACGCACAGACCCAGUUUCUCAGUCUUGGAAAUCGAAAAAAUGGCACGCCAGAUUGAUGCGCAGGUGCAGCGGUUUGAACAAGGAAGCGUAGAUCACAGGUUUCCCCGGGAGAAGCGCGAGAGGUGGCGCAAGGAUGCAGAGGAUGGAAGGGUCUUGUUGCGGGCGGCGGAUCAUAUCUUGUUUCGCAUGGAGAAGGCAAGCAGGAGGGGUCUUGAUGAUAAUGGUGAGGGGGGUUUGUUGCAGAGUGGACGGGGGGAUGUCAUGGCGGCACAGGAUGAUGCUACUUCAGUCGAGGAACUUCAUCCUGCGAAUGAUCCUCCCUCUUCGACCGACGAUGGCUCAGCUGCAGACGAAAUGCGCCUGAGAAAAGACGUGGAACAGUCUCGAGCGGAUGCCCAAAAAGCAGCAAAGCCGCGACGAGAUGGUCUGGAGCACAACAACCCAUAA